CUCUAGCUUCAACAGCGGCACAGCUUAGCUUCUCCGCUUCUGCCGCCGCGGUGCAUGGCGAUAGCAGUCAACCGCGAGUCUCUCCUGGUUGGCCGCUUGUGUCUUGGGGACCGGUCUCGUCAACGAGAACGCAAUCGAGGGUUGGCUGGACUGUGCAGCUGGUGGAUUCGACGCUCUCCUUCUGGGCGACGAAGAGCUCGAGGCCGAGACCCCGUUCGACGAGCCGAGCGUGGACGCGGACCCGUGUGAGGACGAGGAGGAAGCUGACUCGCCCAUGCCAGCGCAGCGGUGGAGCAGGACCUACUACCGCCCGCGGGCCGACCAGCACGGCGGCUUCCUCGUGCUUCUGGUGACGAAACUCACGGACACCGCAGGGAAGACGCGCUGGGUGACCAUCGACCCGACGGGCAGGCCCCAGUUGAUCGAUCUAUGCGUGACCAUCAAGCCCGUUUGCUGUACCGCCAAUGCUGCCGGUCGCUGCGUUGUGGCGUCCCCACCCGCCGGGAUGUCUUCGCCGGGCUUCGGCGUUUAAUUUGGGUCAUUUUGUCCCUUGCAUGUGCAUGCGCUUCUUCGGCCAAUUAUCUUCGUUUCGCGCCCCGUUCGAUGCCCCGCUUCUUGACCUUCGCCAGGGAGCCGCCAGCGAAAAAAGUGACCAUCAAGCCCCGUCCUCGGGCCUUCGCCGGCGUGGACCAUGGCGCCUUCCCAGGCCUCCCCCGGCGGGGCAGAAGGCCGAGAGGCCGCGGCCGCCGCGGACAGCAUUCAUCUCGGCGGGCAGCGCCGCCACGACACGCCGCCACGUGGUGUCCUGGCUCGCGGAGCUGGUCUCGAGCGUGCUGGGCGAUGUCUGGGCCAGGCGCAGCCUUGGGAGUGUGGCCGGGUCCUCCUUUGUCCUGUGGAGAGCGGUGGCCUACUUCAACGUCGCGGAGUGGGCGCGCUGGGGCUACGGCUCAUUCAAGGAUGCGGUGGACACGGUGGAGAGCUUCAAGGGGGAGAUCGAGCAGAUCGUCGAGAUGCACGAGCCGGGAGCCCUCGAGCCUUUGUACCUGUCCGUGGGGAUCAUGCUCGCUGUGGGUUUCCUGGGUGCUCGUGCUGCAGACGGUCGCCGUCCUCCUCUGUGGCCACUGCGUCCUCGUCGGGCUCUUCGGCUACUCCUGGAUGGAGCUGGCCCUCGUGGUCGCCGUCGCCAAGCGAGCCGGGAUCAACGAUUCCGCGAGACGAAGGGCACGGCCAGCCCGGACAACGAGGACGGCGACCCCAUGGAGAAGGAGGUUAUGAAGCCGCCGGGGCCGGUGGCCGAGCGUCCGGCGGCCAGGCCGCCAUCGAGGAGAAGCAGGCCGCGCCCUUCUCGCCGCCUCCAGCGCCGCGGCCGACGGGAACGGCGACGAGCGGAGCUGCCACUGGCGGGAGCGGCGGCGCCGAGAACUACGACAUGAUGAGGUGCGCCCUGCUGAGGAGGCUGGAUCGGCACAGGGAGCUUGUCGAGCAAGACGGCCUCGGGGCCAAGGCGGGCAGCUCUCCCGCCAGAGGGGGGGCCGGCCGGCGGCCCCAGCCCCAAGAUCGACUCGCUCGCCAGGAGCCAGGACGAAUCCCUCAUGGACAUGCGCGAGAUGGCCACAGAGAAGCCCAACGCGUGCCCGAACACAC